AUGGCUCCUAACUGGACACAUCUCAUCAGGUUUAUCAGCGAGGAGGACGGACAGAUCCAUCUAGGGGAAGUUGACGCCCAACAGUUCCCAGAUGUCGGACUUGCCACUUUGAAAGGAGAGAAGAUCACUGCCAAAUUGAUCCAAGGAUCAGUUUAUGAUGGUGUGGUGACAGAUAAGACCAUGCACGUUUCUCGGCUUCUCUCGCCUAUCGGGAUUGAGGAUGUGCCCAUCAUCCGCUGCCUGGGCCUCAACUACCGCGACCAUGCCAAAGAAGCCAAUAUGCCUAUCCCGGAUGUGCCAGUUCUCUUCAUAAAGCCUCGCACGGCGCUUAACGGCCCGUAUCCCGCCAAGAUCAUCGUGCCAAAAAUUGCGCAGGAUGGUUCCAGCGAUUAUGAGGCGGAGCUAUCCAUAAUCCUAUCUAAGACCGGCCGGGAUAUCCCCUUGGAACAGGCCAUGGACUAUGUCCUAGGAUAUACUUGCAGCAAUGACGUGAGUGCUCGCACUCAACAGUUCAAGAACAGCCAAUGGUCUUUCUCAAAAGGCCUCGACGGAUCUUGCCCACUUGGACCAACUCUGGUGUCGCCAUCAGCCAUUGGCAACCCGCAUAAGCUUGGGGUCAAGGCCACCCAUAACGGCAAUGUGGUACAAGAUACAAAUACUAGAGAAAUGAUCUUUGAUAUCGCGCACACAAUUGCUUUCCUCUCUCAAGGCACCACAUUGGAAAAGGGCACCGUUAUCAUGACCGGCACUGGUCCUGGUAUAGGAGCGAUGCGCAACCCAAAGGUGGUCCUCAACAAUGGCGAUGACAUGCGCGUAGAGAUUGAGGGAAUUGGCACUUUAAUUAAUGAAGUUUACUACGAGUGA